CAUAUUGAUUGCACUAUUAGUCGAACCAUGCCAUUGACUAAACCGGAUUGAUAUACUUGCAUAGAAGUAGAACCAAUCUCACGUGUCCAUUCCCGCCAUCAAUCUUAUAUCUCUCCUUCCUCCACCGAUACAGUGGCCGAGCUCAAGGAGCCAUGGACGAACUCAGCUGCCCUCCGACUUCAUUUUCGGACAUGAACGCCGCUAGCUCCUGGAGUGAGGCCUUUAUCCCCGGCCGCUUCUAUGUUACCCCUCUCAACGCCGAAAAUUCCCGUUGCUCGCCCGGAAUCGUCGGAAAAAAAGGUUUCGAUUUGGGGAAGGAAGGAAAGCCCUAAUGAGAGCCAUGCGAUCGCCGGUUGGAGGACAGAUGACAUCAUGCAACCUUCUAAUAUCUGGUAAUUGUUAUUCCCAUUUAGCAUGUCCUCUAAUCUUCCCCUAAUUUUAGCUUUUGGGCAUUGUUAAUUGGCUGUUCAUCACAUGAUUAGGCAGCCGCGAGAAUCUAUGGAUUUUUUCCUAGGUUUCCACACGAUGAUAAUAAAAUAUCCAGUAAUGGUCGCCCACUCAGCAUUUCAUAUCAAAUCUUCUGAAUUAUCUUCCUUGAGGGUCAUUUAUUAGGGUAUCACAAUGAUGGGCAGUCGUUGACAUUUGAACUAGAUCUGUUUUACACCACCAAUCAAUCGAUUUUCAGUCUUUCAUUCUGCAUUGAGAACCCAGGGUUUUGCUUCGCUACAAAAUGACUCAAGUGCUUCUGAUCCUUAUUGCUAAACAGGUCUUUGGCAAAGUAACCAACUUGGCAUCGGUGGAGAUUGUACUGUUGUGGAACUUCAAUGGGGAGCUAGAGAAGCUGAAGGACCCGGUCUCCACUAUCCAGGCCGUGCUCCUUGACGCCGAGGAGAAGCAGGUCCACAGCAACCAAGUCAAAGAUUGGCUCGAGAAGCUGUCUGAGGCGAUGUAGGAUGCUGAUGAUCUGCUUGAUGAUGUCUCCAUCGAGGCUGCACGAGCAAAACAUGCUGCAGAUGAUGAUGGCAGGAGAAGAACAUGGGCAAGUUGUUGGAGUGUGGUAAGAUUUCUGGUCUCCUCCCUUCCGAAGCAAUUGCUUCAUACCCUUAAGAUGGCUCGUGAUCUUAAGGCUAUUCGGGAAAAGCUCGAUAUGACAUCGAAAGAUAAGGAUAAUUUCAAGUUGGAAGUUCGUACCAAGCAAGCUCUUGUUUUGUGUCGGGAGACGGAUUCUUGUCCUCCCACAAUUGUUAUUGGGAGAGAAGUUGACAAAAGGAGAAUCAUUCAGCUGCUACUAAUCCCAAUUGUGAGGAGAUCAGUUUUGUUGUCCCUAUUGUUGGAAUAGGCGGAUUAGGGAAGACCACGCUCACUCAGCUCGUUUAUUGCGAUGAUCAAGUGAAGGCACAAUUUGAGAUCAGAGUGUAGGUGUAUGUUUCACAGAAGUUCGAUAUAAAAGGGAUUCUGGGGAAGAUAUUGCAAUCCAUCAGUGGUGAAAGCCAACCAGAUCUCGCAUUGGAUGUUCUGAUAGGUAAUUCCACAAGGAAAUUAGUGGGAGAAGGUUCCUGUUAGCUUUGGAUGAUGUUUGGGAGGAAAACGUUGAAAGUUGGGAAGCUUUAGGAAAAUAUUUGAAGGUUGGUGGCUCUGGCAGCAGAGUGUUGGUAACCACUCGGUCAAAAGAAGUGGCCGAGAUCAGUUGCAGAAUUUUGAAACUGGGAGCAAGAAGUAGUAUGAUGGUGUCCCCCUAUUUCCUGGAAGGCCUAUCACUUGAUGAGCAGUUUGAUUGUGGAAAAGGCCCUUCCUGGAAAAGUCCCACAAAACUUGAAUGUAGAAAGAACUGGGAAAGAGGUGCUAAGGAAACGCUGUGGAGUUCCCCUUGCUGUAAGUACAAUAGCUGGUCUAUUACGUUCCAAACAUCCCGAAACUUAAUGGUCAUUGUUUUCAAAUAAUGAUUUGUUGAGCAUUUCUGAAGAAAAGAAUCUUACCAUGUCAACACUGCGACUCAGUUUCGAUCAUCUUCCUUCCCAUCUGAAACGUUGCUUUACUUUUUGCAAGUUGUUUCCAAAGGGUUGUGAAUUGUAUGUUCAACCUUUAGUACACCUUUGGAUAGCACAAGGAUAUAUCGAAUUGGGAGAUGAAGGUUCAGAGGAAAUGGUGGAGGUCGUUUUUCCAUGAGGUGAAGAUGGAUAUGUUGGGCAAUAUAGAAACUUGCAAGAUACAUGAUUUGGUUCAUGAUUUAUCCUCGUCAUUAACAGGAGCAAAAAUCCUCGAAAUUUCAGAUUCAAGUGCUCUGAAGAAUAUCUCUUCAAUAACUCGUCAUUUAGCUGUGAUGCAGGGAACUAGAGUUGGUGCUGGUUAUUUGCGAGAGUCAACCAAGUCGAGAACAUUUAUGUGUCAUACGCCAAUAGAAGAAUAAAAAAAGAUCAUCCGCUACUUCAGAUUUUUGCGGGUGUUGGUAUUAUCAGUAGAAAGAAAUUUACUGAAUUGGCGGAGUCCAUUGAUUCUGGAAGAAGACUCGUGGCUCCUACGUGGUCAUAACAGACAAGAUUCUGAACUGCUUGAUUGUAUUGGUGAGUUGAAGCAUUUAAGAUUUCUUCGUUUCUCCUGCCAACAAAUGACAAAGCUUCCCGAUUCGGUUACUAACCUCCUUACUAUUCAUGUGCUUGACCUCUCAUUAUGUAGUCACCUCACAGAAUUACCUAGAGAUAUCAGAAAGCUAGUUAAUUUGAAGCAUCUUUACCUCAAUCAUUCUCUGAAAUGUAAUCAUAUGCCUAAGGGGAUUGGGGAAUUAACGCCCCUUCAGACACUAAAAAAGUUUGUGGUUGGCACAAGGACCGGUGGAGAGGUUGGGGGGCUGGAUGAGUUGAAUGGGUUAAUUGGUUUACGUGGGGAGCUCACCAUUGAAAGCUUGACUAAUGCUGUACCUGUGGAUCUUUAUGUCUUGAAGAAACAGUCAUGUCUUCAGUCUUUGAUUUUGAAAUGGAAUGAACGGGACGACAAUGGAGACUAUUCUUCUACUAAUAAAGACGAAGAGAUCCUGGAAAAGCUCUGCCCACACCCUAAUCUAAAGAAGUUGGAGAUACACCAUUAUGGAGGCUUGAAGCUCUCCAGCUGGUUGUCUUCCAUCACGAAUUUGGCGGAAAUUUCAUUAGCAGGUUGCUGGCGAUGUGAGUAUCUCCCAUCAUUGCAUCAACUCCCAGCUCUGAAGAAGCUCCACAUCCUGAAUUGUCCUAAUCUAAAGGCCAUUGAUAUAGAGAAAGAGGAAGAGGAGUGGCCAUGUUUUCCUUGUCUUUCUCACUUGGAAAUACUCGACUGCCCAAACUUGACUCGCAUGCCUCUCUUUCCAACUGUUGAACAAAAGUUGUCCCUGCAGAGAACCAGCUCACAAGCAUUGGUCCGGACAAUGAAGAAGGCAGCCCCUGAUACAGAGGAACAUAUGUCCUCUUCUUAUUCUUGCCCUCCACUCUCCAAGUUGACACAUUUGAAACUCGAGGGGAUUGAUGACUUGGAAUCUCUGCCAGAAGAAGGCAUGCACAACCUCACUUCCCUUCAAGAGCUUUUUAUUUUCGAAUGUCCGAGGCUAGCAUCUUUGCCUCAAGCAGUGCAACACCUCCCCUCCUUACAAACAUCAAACAUUUGGCGAUGUCCUCAGUUGUCAACAGAAAGAUGCAGUGAGAACGAGGAAGAAGAUAUCAUCAGUUUGGACUUCCAGAAAACCUCCAUGGGUUCAGCUUAUCCAUAUUGUCCAAAGUGUUCUGGGCAAAUUACCAAGAAAGUAAUAUUGAGGAGGAGGAUUCCUGGGCAGCCGCAGCUGGGCAUGUUUCCUUAGUAGCUGCUCUCAAAUUGGGUACGACUCUAGCUCAACUCGACACCUCUUUGCUCAUUUUACAACUUUUUAUACGUAGUGUUAAGGACCGAACCUUGAAUAUGGCUGGAAGAAAGUGUUGAUGGCAGGAAAGAAUCUGAAUAAGCAAUGUCGUUUGAUUGACUUGAAGACUGAAGGAGAACAAAAUGCAGUUGUGUCGUUUUAGUGUCACUUGGUCAAUUUUGUUUUAGUAUUUAUUCUUGAUUAUUGUUUGAGUCUAUCGUGUUAAAGAGCUUACGGCUCGAAUAAGAGUCAAUUUAGGAAGUGGUUAGUAAUGGUAGCUGAAGUCCAGGAGCAAUGACGUUAGAGUCUGUUAGGUGUAGCCGAGAUCAAAGGCUGGAACCUGUAUUUAUAGUAUUUUCUCAUCAGUUCAAAAAUUGUCAGUUUGCAGAGAUUUGGCUUCACACGUAGAUGAGUAUAAGUGUUGGAAUAGAAGAGGGCAGAUCAAUUUCUUCUUAACCAUUCCUUUACUAGGAUGGUUGAUUGUUUUAAACAGACAAGGAGGACCUUCUGCUACACUUGAACUGAUGUGUGAAAGCUAGAGAAGCCAUUAUAAUUUAAAUAAUUUCUUAUCCAUUCAUCAUUGCAUUUUAAUUAAAUAAUUUCUUAUCUUGCACAAAGGUUUAAAAAAAUAUUCCUUGGUUAAUUCUUUUGUUUUUUUGAGGGAUUCUUUGCUCAAUUCUUUGUGUUGGGUUUUGGGUUACAGCUCCUCUAUGUUAUCCAAACUGUUCCGGGCAAAUAACCGAUCGAGUAAUAUGGAGGCAGAAGAUUCAGGAGAUGUUUCCUUGAUAGCUGCUCUUGAGUUGGGUAUGAUUCUCUUCGUUCAUGUUUCACCUUCUUGUAUGUUGACGGUCAGAAGAAGUGUUGGAAUAGAAGAUGGUUCAUGAAUUGUUUCUGUAAAACAUUAAUUAAACUACUUAUUAUAGCUGUGGUCUUAAACCAAUAUAUUUCCUGGUUGUUUGUUGAUUGUUUUAAUCAGACAAAGGGGAAGCUUCUUUAGUUGCACUGCAACUGCUGUGUGAAACCUUGAGGGAACAGAACUACUGGGAAUGAUAGUUCUUUGCUGGGGUCGUUCAGUGGACACUUGGGAGCAAUGUGUUCCUUGCCCCACGGUUGAGGCACGUAACCGUGCUCGUCCCAGCCCUCGGAUGCACGUCCAAAUCUCCUGAGCCUGUGCCUGCAGUCUCUGCCACCACCAGAGGCUGCCAGAGCUGAAUAAUUGAUAGAAAGCAGCCCUGAAGACAUGCCGUCCUGGGUAAGAUUGAUUUCCCCUUGAAGAGCUAAACUAUGAAAUUCUCAGUAUUCAUUUGGCAAUAAUCGGUCGUAAAUAGAAGGGAUGGAAUUGAUCGAUAUCUGUGUGUGAAGUACGUGGACAAUUCUCCCCAGAAAAUCCUCGUUGUUGAAACUGGGAUUCCUAAUUUGAACUGAUCUGUCAAGGUCUCUUCUUCUCUAAUCAAUGAGUUUCGAGGCUUGAGCGUGUUUGAGUGAGUUUAGAGUGACAGAUCUCUGGUUUAAUGGCUUACUACCAGAGUAUACAGAUUGCACGAAGUAAAGCGAUGUAGGGCAA